GGUCCGAUGCGACUCGAAACGGCCGCUUCGAGAGGAAGAGAGGAAAGGGAUCCCGACCCCAAGGAGAAACCACGGUGCCGCGGCGAUGGAGGGCGGCGACGAGUGGUUGGCCGCGGACAAACUCGAGCAUCUACUAGCCUGCUUCGUCAUCACCCUUCUCGUUGCCAACCUCUCCGGACGCAGCCGCCACGCCUUCGUCCGACGGCGAAGCGCCGCCCUCGGCUCCCUCGUGGCUCUCGCUGCGGGGACCGCUAAGGAGGUCGCGGACGAAAUUGGGAUCUGGAGAUCGGCCGGAGCCUCCGCCAAGGACGCCGCCGCCGAUGUCCUCGGCGUGCUCCUGGCUGCUAUGCUUCUCGCCGUCUUCGGGAGGUUACGGUCGUCAUCUCGCCGGGAGGUCGAGAUGAUUGGCGAUGAUUCUUUGGUAUAG